AUGCUGUUGGCGAUAAAUCAGGUGGGUUAUAAAGCGCCACAAUUUUUUCGUGUAGCGAUUAAUAAGGUGGUAGAGAAUGGCAUUGCGUUCAUUCGCAAACUUGAACACAUUGCAACCACGGGCAGUCCAGUUCCACCGAAGAUGGCGCCAAUCCAGGUGUCUCGUAUCACCCUCCCAUCCUCGGGAGGCCUCUCAUCUGCUCGUAGCACCGAUGUACAUGCAAACACUGGCACUGGUGGUGGCGUUGAUCUUGCCACCCAAUCACCCCAAAUCUACGGUCUAGGCACCCGCACCAACCCCUACGACCUGCGCUCUGGAGUGGAACUGCAUCUCAUUUGCCAAACUGAUUGUGGUUACCCUCGAGCUCUGCCAGAAUGGACAGUGAAUAAUAUGGUGAGACUGUUUACUUAG